AUGUAUGCCGUGCUGCGAGGCCACGCCCUCACACUCUAUAAGGACAAGAAGGACGGCGUCUCUCACGCCUCUUCCCACUCCCAGUCUGACGACGACCCACAGCCAAUCAGCAUCAAGGCCUGCCUGAUUGACAUCUCCUACAGCGACACGAAACGCAAGAAUGUGCUGCGGCUGACCACGUCGGACUGCGAGUACCUGUUCCAGGCAGAGGGCAGGGAUGACAUGCUGUCCUGGAUCAGAGUCAUCCAGGAGAAUAGUAAUCUGGAUGAUGAGGUGGGUUCUGCUGGGAAAGUCACUGCUGUAAUUUACUGCAUUACUAAUCUCAUCAUAAUCACGUGAUGUCAUUGUAAUGCCUCUUAGAUUUAAUCAUUCUUUGCUGAGCAUAUGUUUUUAUCCAAAGUGAUUCACAUACAGUAGCUAGCAUUUAUACCAAGAUUCGGGUCCCCAGGUCAUAACCUUACCUCAAGGCAGUUGUUUCAAAUGCUAGUGUCCUUUUUUUUGCAGCCUUCACUUGUGAGUAGCCUAGCCUGCAUUGGGGCUUAGGCGACACUUCUUGGAUCUCAUUUACACCAGUCAUUCUCACUGUCCUUGGUCACUAGUAGAAACAAUAGAUUUUGGACAGAGAGACUAAGCCCCCUUUGUUAACCGCUCCUCCCCUUGGGUUUACUGCUAUGAAGAGUUUGUCCCGGUUGCCUUGGUGUUUACCCCACAAAUAAGACUCACACUGUUUUGUUCUGUGUGUAGACUGACUACUACUACUGCCUAAUAAUGUCAAACCAUUUUAACACUAGGGGCAGUUUCCCUGACAUAGAUUAAGCCUAUUCCUGAAAAUGCAUUGAAAAAUGUAUUUUAGUCCAGAACUAGGCUUAAACUGUGUCCGGGAAAUUACCCCUUGAUUCUUUAUGCAUACUGUAUGUAUGAUAUCACUAGGCUACAGAAAAUAUAAAAACAUCCCCUGCUGGACCCUAACAAGAAUGAUUUACUGUUGCUGUUCUAUCACCUCAUCUUGGUUUUAUGUUAACUUGUCUGUUUGCCUUUGAAAUGAGCUAACAGUGCACAUGCUUGUUCAGCUGUUUGCCCCUUCUCAGUUAGCCUUGGGUCUUUGUCUGUGGUCUCAGUCUCCCACAGAGUCUCACUACUGGGGACCAACCCAUGACUUCUAAAUAGCACAAACAGGAUUCAGUGUGGUAAACUACUAAAUCAUAUUCACUUUGAACUCUACAAAAACUGUAGAUAUUUAAUAAGAUUACGUAUACUGGAGAAAUUGUACUAUCGAUUGUGCAGGACUGAUAGAUUCAUAAUAUCAGUGAUAAAUCCUUUAGGUUUGAUUCUUUACAUGGACUGACUUUCUUGUCCAUGUUGUGUUUCAGAAUGCUGGUAUAACCAGCCAGGACCUGAUCAGCAGAAAGAUCAGAGAGUACAACACCAUGAUGAGGUAUGCAGCCUGACACACAUGCCCUCUUUAUUUCACCCACAAUGCAACAUCCUUUUACACUCACUCCUAUGCACAAGCCCUUAAAGUCACAGAGUAUAAUUGAAUGUACUAUAAUAUUUUUGUUUUUGUGUUUGAUCCAGUGCUCCCAGCACCAAGACUGAGCCUUCCCCCAAAACCUCCCGGCAGUCCCUCAGUAUCAGACACACCCUCCUGGGGGGGAAGGGAGAGGGCAAGAGCCCACACUCACCCAAAACAGGAGAGCGGGGUAAGAUCACUACAGAGGGCUUAAAACAAGGGAUUACAAUUACCACCAGUAGACGUGCUGUGUCCUUUACAAAGCUGGAAAGGAGGGAAUAGUGCAGAAGUUGUAGCUAUUCUACACAGUAAAGGUGCACAUUACACCACAACAGUAGACAAUAAAUAUGAUAGCUCUUCGUGUGGAAAUAUGUUAUUGAAAAUGUGUAUCUUUGACUGUCUGCAGAAGCAGCUGUUGACCCUCCAGUAGCUAGUGUGGUUUGAGUGUGUGUAUCUGUAGUGUGGACUGGUCUGACAUGGCUGCUUUGUGUGUGUUCUGUCAGAUGACUCCAGUCCUCCACGGGAUAAGGCUGCCUGGAGGAGGGGCAUCCCCGGCAUCAUGAGGAAGCCCUUUGAGAAGAAGACCACAACUGGGGUCACCUUUGGGGUGCGCCUCGAUGACUGCCCAUCUGCACAGACCAACAGGGUAAGUGAGAGAGUUUGCGUGUGUUUACAUGUGAGAGAGACAUGGUGGAAAUGAUGUUGAAUGAAUUGAGCAUGUGUUUUGUUCUCCUUUGAUGGUCUAAAUGUGUGACGUUUAAGUUCUACUUUGUGUAUAUGAAAGUGGUAUCUGUUUAUUUGUUUCUUGAUUCAUCCAAUAUGUAUAACGCUAAAGGCUGUAUGCUGUGUAGUUUGUUCCUCUCAUCGUGGAGGUGUGCUGUAAGCUGGUAGAGGAGAGGGGGCUAGAGUACACUGGGAUCUACAGAGUACCAGGGAACAACGCUGCCAUCUCCAGCAUGCAGGAGGAGCUGGACAACAAAGGACUGAUGAGUGACAUCGACAUCCAAGAAGAUGUGAGUGACACACACACACACACACACAUCAACCUCUCCUUGUCCCAAUAUGUAAUCCCCACAUGUUUUAAGAUGACCACCAUCAUUCUUGUCCCCAAGAACUCUAAGGCUUCAUGCCACAAUGACUACCGUCCAGUAGCACUCACUUCUGUAAUCAUGAAGUGCUUUGAGAGGCUGGUUAUGGCACACAUUAACUCCACCAUCCCAGACACCCUAGACCCACUCCAAUUUGCAUACAACCCCAACAGAUCCAUAGAUGACGCAAUCUCAAUUGCUCUCCACACUGCCCUCACCCACCUAGAUAAGAGGAAUGAAUACCUACAGUUGUCAGAAGUUUACAUACACUUAGGUUGGAGUCAUUAAAACUCGUUUUUCAACCACUCCACAAAUUUCUUGUUAACAAACUAUAGUUUUGGCAAGUUGGUUAGGACAUCUACUUUGUGCAUGACACAAGUAAUUUUUCCAACAACUAUUUACAGACAGAUUAUUUCACUUAUAAUUCACUGUAUCACAAUUCCAGUGGGUCAGAAGUUUACAUACACUAAGUUGUCUGUGCCUUUAAACAGCUUAGAACAUUUCAGAAAAUGAUGUCAUGACUUUAGAUGCUUCUGAUAGGCUAAUUGACAUCAUUUGAGUCAAUUUGAAGGUGUACCUGUGGAUGUAUUUCAAGGCCUACCUUCAAACUCAGUGCCUAAUUGCUUGACAUCAUGGGAAAAUGAAAAUAAAUCAGCCAAGACCUCAGAAAAAAAAAUGGCAGACCUCCACAAGUCUGGUUCAUCCUUGGGAGCAAUUUCCAAAUGCCUGAAGGUACCACGUUCAUCUCUACAAACAAUAGUACGCAAGUAUAAACACCAUGGGACCACGCAGCCAUCAUACCGCUCAGGAAGGAGACGUGUUCUGUCUCCUAGAGAUGAACAUACUUUGGUGCGAAAAGUGCAAAUCAAUCCCAGAACAACAGCAAAGGACCUUGUGAAGAUGCUGGAGGAAACAGGUACUAAAGUAUCUAUAUCCACAGUAAAACAAGUCCUAUAUUGACAUAACCUGAAUGGCCGCUCAACAAGGAAGAAGCCACUGCUCCAAAACCGCCAUAAAAAAGCCAGACUACGGUUUGCAACUGCACAUGGGGACAAAGAUCAUACUUUUUGGAGAAAUGUCCUCUGGUCUGAUGAAACAAAAAUAUAACUAUUUGGCCAUAAUGACCAUCGUUAUGUUUGGAGGAAAAAGGGGAUAACUUGCAAGCCAAAGAACUCCAUACCAACCGUGACGCACGGGGGUGGCAGCAUCAUGCUGUGAGGGUGCUUUGCUGCAGGAGGGACUGGUGCACAUCACAAAAUAGAUGGCAUCAUGAGGAAGGAAAAUUAUGUGGAUAUAUUGAAGCAAUAUCUCAAGACAUCAGUCAGGAAGUUAAAGCUUGGUCGCAAAUGGUCUUCCAAAUGGACAAUGACCCCAAGCAUACUUCUAAAGUUGAGGCAAAAUGGCUUAAGGACAACAAAGUCAAGGUAUUGGAGUGGCCAUCACAAAGCCCUGACUUCAAUCCUAUAGAACAUUUGUGGGCAGAACUGAAAAAGCGUGUGCGAGCAAGGAGGCCUACAAUCCUGACUCAGUUACACCAGCUCUGUCAGGAGGAAUGGGCCAAAAAUAAAUAAUUCUCUCUAGUAUUAUUCUGACAUUUCACAUUCUUAAAAUAAAGAGGUGAUCCUAACUGACCUAAGACUGGGAAUUUUUACUAGGAUUAAAUGUCAGGAAUUGUGAAAAACUGAGUUUAAAUGUAUUUGGCUAAGGUGUAUGUAAACUUCCGACUUCAACUGUAUGUGAGAAUCCCUCUUGUAGCUCAGUUGGAAGAGCAUGGCGUUUGCAACGCCAGGGUUGUGGGUUCGUUUCCCACGGGGGGGGGGGGGGGGCAGUAUGAAAAAUGUAUGCACUCACUUAACUGUAAGUCGCUCUGGAUAAGAGCGUCUGCUAAAUGACUAAAAUGUAAAUGUAAUGCUGUUCAUUGACUACAGCUCAGUGUUCAACACCAUUGUCCCCUCUAAGCUCUUCACCAAGCUUAGGACUCUUAGGACACCUCCCUCUGCAACUGGAUCCUGGACUUCCUGACGGGCCGACCCCAGGUGGUGAGGGUACAUUAUAGUACAUCACCUCUGCUGCACUGACCCUCAACACAGGGGUGUGCGCUUAGUUCCUUCCUGUACUCCCUGUUCACCCACGUCUGUGUGACCACGCACGACUCCAACACCAUCAAGUUUGCUGACGACACAACGGUGGUAAAUAAAAUAAAAUAAAAUAAAAUAAAUGAGUCAGCCUACAGGGAGGAGGUUAGUGACCUUGCAGUGUGGUGCCAGAACAACAACCUCUCCCUCAACGUCAGUAAAACCAAGGAGCUGAUCGUGGAUUACAGGAAAGGGGGGGGGGAUGGCGGCGAUCAUGCCCACGGCGAUCAUGCCCACAUUGACAGGGCAACAGUGGAGCAGGUCGAGCGCUUCAAGUUCCUUGGUGUCCAAAUCACUAAUGACUUGAAAUGGUCCAAACGCGUGCACAGUCGUGGAGAAGGCGCAACAGCGCCUCUUCCCCCUCAGGAGGUUGAAAAGGUUUGGCAUGGGCCCUCAAAUCCUCAAAAGGUUCUACAGCUGUACCAUUGAGAGCAUUUUGACUGGCCGCAUCACUGUCUGGUAUGGCAACAGCACCGCCCUCGAUCACAUGGCGCUAUAGAGUGUGGUGCGGACAGCCCAGUACCUCACUGGGGCCGAGCUCCCUGCCAUCCAGGACAUCUCUAUCAGGCAGUGUGGUAGGAAGGCCCGGAAAAUCGUUAGACUCCAACCAAGCAAUAAGACUGAUAAAUAGCUAACAUACAGUGAGGGUGCAAAAAAGUAUUUGAUCCCCUGAUGAUUUUGUACAUUUGCCCACUGACAAAGAAAUGAUCAGUCUAUAAUUUUAAUGGUAGGUUUAUUUGAACAGUGAGAGACAGAAUAACAACAAAUAAAUCCAGAAAAACACAUGUAAAAAAUGUUAUGAAUUGAUUUGCAUUUGAAUGAGGGAAAUAAGUAUUUGACCCCUCUGCAAAACAUGACUUAGUACUUGGUGGCAAAACCCUUGUUGGCAAUCACAGAGGUCAGACGUUUCUUGUAGUUGGCCACCAGGUUUGCACACAUCUCAGGGGGGAUUUUGUCCCACUCCUCUUUGCAGAUCUUCUCCAAGUCAUUAAGGUUUCGAGGCUGACGUUUGGCAACUCAAACCUUCAGCUCCCUCCACAGAUUUUCUAUGGGAUUAAGGUCUGGAGACUGGCUAGGCCACUCCAGGACCUUAAUGUGCUUCUUCUUGAGCCACUCCUUUGUUGCCUUGGCCGUGUGUUUUGGGUCAUUGUCAUGCUGGAGGUUCUCACCCAAGAUUUGACGGUACAUGGCCCCAUCCAUUGUCGAUUUGAUGCAGUGAAGUUGUCCUGUCCCCUUAGCAGAAAAACACCCCCAAAGCAUAAUGUUUCCACCUCCAUGUUUGACGGUGGGGAUGGUGUUCUUGGGGUCAUAGGCAGCAUUCCUCCUCCUCCAAACACGGCGAGUUGAGUUGAUGCCAAAGAGCUCCAUUUUGGUCUCAUCUGACCACAACACUUUCACCCAGUUCUCAUCUGAAUCAUUCAGAUGUUCAUUGGCAAACUUCAGACGGGCAUGUAUAUGUGCUUUCUUGAGAAGGGGGACCUUGCGGGCGCUGCAGGAUUUCAGUCCUUCACGGCGUAGUGUGUUACCAAUUGUUUUCUUGGUGACUAUGGUCCCAGCUGCCUUGAGAUCAUUGACAAGAUCCUCCUGUGUAGUUCUGGGCUGAUUCUAAUCAAAUCAAAUCAAAUUUAUUGGUCACAUGCGCCGAAUACAACAGGUGCAGACAUUACAGUGAAAUGCUUACUUACAGCCCUUAACCAACAGUGCAUUUAUUUUUAACAAAAAAAGUAGUUGAGAAAAAAAAGAGCAGAAGUAAAAUAAAAUAACAGUAGGGAGGCUAUAUAUACAGGGGGGUACCGUUGCAGAGUCAAUGUGCGGGGGCACCGGCUAGUUGAGGUAGUUGAGGUAAUAUGUACAUGUGGGUAGAGUUAAAGUGACUAUGCAUAAAUAAUUAACAGAGUAGCAGCAGCGUAAAAAGGAUGGGGUGGGGGGGCAGUGCAAAUAGUCCGGGUAGCCAUGAUUAGCUGUUCAGGAGUCUUAUGGCUUGGGGGUAGAAGCUGUUGAGAAUUCUUUUGGACCUAGACUUGGCACUCCGGUACCACUUGCCGUGCGGUAGCAGAGAGAACAGUCUAUGACUAGGGUGGCUGGAGUCUUUGACAAUUUUGAGGGCCUUCCUCUGACACCGCCUCGUAUAGAGGUCCUGGAUGGCAGGAAGCUUGGCCCCAGUGAUGUACUGGGCCGUACGCACUACCCUCUGUAGUGCCUUGCGGUCGGAGGCCAAGCAGUUGCCAUACCAGGCGGUGAAGCAACCAGUCAGGAUGCUCUCGAUGGUGCAGCUGUAGAAUCUCCUGAGGGGGAAUAGGCUUUGUCGUGCCCUCUUCACGACUGUCUUGGUGUGUUUGGACCAUGAUAGUUCGUUGGUGAUGUGGACACCAAGGAACUUGAAGCUCUCAACCUGUUCCACUACAGCCCCGUCGAUGAGAAUGGGGGCGUGCUCAGUCCUCUUUUUUUUCCUGUAGUCCACAAUCAUCUCCUUUGUCUUGGUCACGUUGAGGGAGAGGUUGUUGUCCUGGCACCACACGGCCAGGUCUCUGACCUCCUCCCUAUAGGCUGUCUCAUCGUUGUCGGUGAUCAGGCCUACCACUGUUGUGUCGUCGGCAAACUUAAUGAUGGUGUUGGAGUCGUGCCUGGCCAUGCAGUCAUGGGUGAACAGAGAGUACAGGAGGGGACUGAGCACGCACCCCUGAGGGGCCCCCGUGUUGAGGAUCAGUGUGGCAGAUGUGUUGUUACCUACCCUUACCACCUGGGGGCGGCCCGUCAGGAAGUCCAGGAUCCAGUUGCAGAGGGAGGUGUUUAGUCCCAGGAUCCUUAGCUUAGUGAUGAGCUUAGAGGGCACUAUGGUGUUGAAUGCUGAGCUGUAGUCAAUGAAUAGCAUUCUCACGUAGGUGUUCCUCUUGUCCAGGUGGGAAAGGGCAGUGUGGAGUGCAAUAGAGAUUGCAUCAUCUGUGGAUCUGUUGGGGCGGUAUGCAAAUUGGAGUGGGUCUAGGGUUUCUGGGAUAAUGCUGUUGAUGUGAGCCAUGACCAGCCUUUCAAAGCACUUCAUGGCUACAGACGUCAGUGCUACGGGUCGGUAGUCAUUUAGGCAGCUUAUCUUAGAGUCCUUGGGCACGGGGACUAUGGUGGUCUGCUUGAAACAUGUUGGUAUUACAGACUCAGUCAGGGACAUGUUGAAAAUGUCAGUGAAGACACUUGCCAGUUGGUCAGCACAUGCUCGGAGUACACGUCCUGGUAAUCCGUCUGGCCCUGCGGCCUUGUGAAUGUUGACCUGCUUAAAAGUCUUACUCACAUCGGCUACGGAGAGCGUGAUCACAUAGUCAUCCGGAACAGCUGGUGCUCUCAUGCAUGCUUCAGUGUUGCUUGCCUCGAAGCGAGCAUAGAAGUGGUUUAGCUCGUCUGGUAGGCUUGUGUCACUGGGCAGCUCGCGGCUGUGCUUCCCUUUGUAGUCUGUAAUAGUUUUCAAGCCCUGCCACAUCCGACGAGCGUCAGAGCCAGUGUAGUACGAUUCAAUCUUAGUCCUGUAUUGACUCUGCCUGUUUGAUGGUUCGUCGUAGGGCAUAGCGGGAUUUCUUAUAAGCGUCCGGGUUAGAGUCCCGUUCCUUGAAAGCGGCAGCUCUACCCUUUAGCUCAGUGCGGAUGUUUCCUGUAAUCCAUGGCUUCUGGUUGGGGUAUGUACGUACGGUCACUGUGGGGACGACAUCAUCGAUGCACUUAUUGAUGAAGCCAGUGACUGAUGUGGUGUACUCCUCAAUGCUGUCUGAAGAAUCCCGGAACAUGUUCCAGUCUGUGCUAGCAAAACAGUCCUGUAUUCCUCACCGUUCUCAUGAUCAUUGCAACUCCACGAGGUGAGAUCUUGCAUGGAGCCCCAGGCCGAGGGAGAUGACAGUUUUGUGUUUCUUCCAUUUCCGAAUAAUCGCACCAACAAGCUGCUUGGUGAUGGUCUUGCAGCCCAUUCCAGCCUUGUGUAUGUCAAUCUUGUCCCUGACAUCCUUGGAGUGCUCUUUGGUCUUGGCCAUGGUGGAGAGUUCGGAAUCUGAUUGAUUGAUUGCUUCUGUGGACAGGUCUUUUAUACAGGUAACAAGCUGAGAUUAGGAGCACUCCCUUUAAGAGUGUGCUCCUAAUCUCAGCUCGUUACCUGUAUAAAAGACACCUGGGAGCCAGAAAUCUUUCUGAUUGAGAGGGGGUCAAAUACUUAUUUCCCUCAUUAAAAUGCAAAUCAAUUCAUAACAUUUUUGACAUGUGUUUUUCUGGAUUUUUUUGUUGUUAUUCUGUCUCUCACUGUUCAAAUAAACGUACCAUUUAAAAUUAUAGACUGAUCAUUUCUUUGUCAGUGGGUAAACGUACAAAGUCAGCAGGGGUCAAAUACUUUUUUCCCUCACUGUACCUACAUGGACUAUCUGAGUUAACCUUGUAUCUUUAUUGACCUUUUAUUUAAAUGUUUUACACUCUGCACACUCACAGGGCCCUUCACACACACACUCACUCCAUCUGCUCACUCACAUAAUAUGCACAUACAUUUAUACUGACUCUUCACACAUGCACACCCACUCACAUGUUUCAUAUAUCCUGUUGCCAAGUCACCUUACCCCUAUACAUAUCUACCUCCAUCACAUUGUAAAUAUGGUAUUGGAACUGACCCUGUAUAUAGAAUGCUUGCAUACUUACUUAUUGUGUUCUUCAUAUUUCUUAUUUGUCGUGUGUUAAAAAUACUUUUUUUACAUUCUUAUUGAUUUAUUGCAUUGUUGGGUUUUGAGUUUGCAAGAAAGGCAUUUCACUGUACUUGUGCAUGUGACAUUAAAACUUGAAACAUAUCUCCCAUACCUCACAAUAAUGUUUUUAAUGCUUUUUCUCACUUGCUUUCCCUGACAGAAAUGGAGGGACCUCAACGUGAUCAGUAGUUUACUGAAAUCCUUCUUCCGGAAACUUCCAGAACCACUUUUUACAAAUGGUGAGUUACUGAACACACAGUAAAUGCAUGCCUAUAAAGAAGAGACAAUUGGUUUAUUUAGUCUUUGCCGUUAAAGGAACUAAGUGAUCCUUGUAUUCUAUUUACAGAAAAAUAUGCCGAUUUUAUUGAAGCCAAUCGAACAGAAGACUCAGUAGAGAGGUUGAAAGAGCUUAAAAGGCUGGUAAGUUACAGCUCAUGCUAUGAGGGCUUAUGUUAGAUCUGUAGGAAUAAGAGCUUUAUGUAGCCUAGCGGUAUGUUUGAAUUGUUGCAUUCGAGCAUUGAAGGUUGGUUCUCUUCUCUUCGCAGAUCCUUGAAUUGCCUGAUCAUCACUAUGAAACCCUCAAAUUUCUCUCUGGACACCUCAAGUUGGUCUCUGAAAACUGUGAGAAAAAUAAGGUAUGUCAGUGUGAGGGAGUAAAUGUUUUUUUUAAUGUAGCCUUUUUAUAGAGAGGCCUUGUAUAUGGACUGGAAAUGACUGGACUGAAGGCCACUCACGUCUCCUCUCUCCCCCCAGAUGGAGCCUCGUAACCUGGCCAUCGUGUUUGGUCCGACGCUGGUCAGAACCUCAGAGGACAACAUGACCAAUAUGGUCAACCACAUGCCAGACCAGUGCAAGAUAGUGGAGAACCUCAUUCAGCAGUACGACUGGUUCUUCACUGAGGAGGGGGACGAUGACCCUGUUGUAUGUAGCAUCUCUCUCUCUUCAUCUCACUACUGCUCCCUCCCCCCCCCCCCCCCCCCCCCCUCCCCACACCUAUCUGAACACACUCAGUCAGACUACUCUCAGCUGGUAAUAACACUGAAUGUUCAGUGUGUGAUGUAGUGGAUGUUUGUUGAUCUUGCAGGUUGGCUAAAGUGUUGUGAGGUGAACAGGAUUGUUCUCUCUGCAUCCCUCUUUGACUUCUCUCCUCUACUUCAACACUAUCUUCCUUCAUCUCCCUCAUUGGAUCUCUCUCUCCUGUAGACCUCAGUGGAACAGGAGAGUACAGUGCGGUCUCAGCCUGUGCCAAACAUCGACCACCUGCUGUCCAACAUCGGCCGUACCACAACAACCACCUCAGCUGCGGAAGUGUCAGGUAACUCACCUUUAGCUCACUGUUACCACACCUGGCGUGGCACUAAUGCAACACUCCUGUUAGUUUUACCAGUAUACUAAUGAGCCUCAGAAAAAGGGACCCAGGAAAUGUGUGUGUAUGUUUAGAGAUGUACCUGUAUGUAUUUGUUAGUCCUAAAGUAAGAGGCUUCUUGUUUGCUUUCCAUCAGAUUAUCAAAUGCUAAAGCUAAGCAAGUCUACUGAAAAGUCUCAUGCUUUUGUAAAGGCAAGCUAUUUUAGCAAUUCUUCAAUGGAAGGAUUUUCGUUUAUCCAAAUUGGAAAUUGCUGAAUAUAGUUUGCAAAUGUUAAGCCUUUUGUUAAGGUCUGUUUAGUUGUCAUUCUUUUUUCAUUUGCCCAAGACAAUUGUCUUUUAAGUUAUAUUAUUUUCCCAGUUCUCUCUUAUGUUUUCUUUUUCCCUUUGCUCAUGUCAUCUCUCCCGGUGCUUUCCUCUUUAUGUUGAGAUGAAGACUCCUUUUCUUUCAGUUAUUUUCUUCCCCUCCUCCCAUAUAAACCCGGCAUGUUCUUUCCCCCAAAACAACAAACAAACAAAACAACAGAGUGGAAGUGUUAACCCUUCUGACCUCUACCCUUGGUUUGUGUGUAGUGUGUUUUUUUCUCCCCUGUCCCUGUCCAGCACUCACACAUUGACCCAAUCUGACACAGGCCAAGUGGGCGGCGUCUAUCACUCGCUGAUGUCACUGGUGGACUCUGUAAUGUCAGUGGUGGACAGCUGGGACUGUAGGAAGAAGGACAAUGAGUGUUGUCCCCAGUGUAGCUGCCUAGUCUGCAGAAACCCUCAGCUCUGUUAACUUGGGGUGAAAAAUGAAGGAGCGAAAAAAAAAGAAAAACAGAAAGAAAGAGACGUCGAUGUUUUGUCAUUUCCUGUCGGUGUGCACGUUUUUCACAUUUCUCUAAAAUGAAAAUACCUUAUAACCUAAUGGAUACAUACAGAGCAGUGCCUGCAGUAGUUUCUUCUGAAAGCCUUUCUGCUGUCUCUUGUCUCUAAAGCUGAUCGCGAGGACAAGUAGCAUGGUACGGUCAAAUCACGGUUUCACUACCGCCUGCUCAUGUGGCAUUACUGUCAUGGUGUCUGGGGGGGGGCUGGGCUGGCUGUUGUGGAACACACUAAAAAUACAUCUAGGAGAGAUCAGAACAUAGUUACAAACACACCCACAUUGACUAGGGGGGUUAGAUGUAUACCGGUGAGAUAGUAAGCAAUGGCUCUGAUUUGCUUUUGCCCCUUUCAGCCCUCCUGUCACAUUUGACUCUCAAUCAUAUAUUUCAGAUGGACAUCAUAGGGUGAAUCUCAAAGGUAUUUUUUGUGUGCAGUCUCCUCAAAACGUUAGAUGGACGCAAGGACCACAUUGGAGGAGAAGGUCUGAGGAGAUCUCUCCUUGCUUCCCUCUGACCUUAUGUGAAAGAGGCGAGGAGAUGACGCAAGGAAUCAGGGAAAGACUUCUGAGAUUCACCCCUAGUCUUAUCAAUUAACUGUUUUCAGAAACACCAACUACAGCCAAACACUGCCACCUAGCUACCUCCUUCUCCCUCACUGCUACAUACUUCUACCACAACACACCAACCAUCCACAUCUAUCAAACACCCACCUUUCCCAUCAAAAACCUUGCGUGGCAUACUGAUAUACAGUACCAGUCAAAAGUUUGGACACACCUACUCAUUCAAGGGUUUUUCUUAAUUGUUUACUAUUUUCUACAUUGUAGAAUAAUAGUGAAGACAUCAAAACUAUGAAAUAACACAUAUGGAAUCAUGUAGUAACCAAAAAAGUGUUAAACAAAUCAAAAUAUAUUUGAGAUUCUUCAAACUAGCCACCCUUUGCCUUGAUGACAGCUUUGCACACUCUUGGCAUUCUCUCAACCAGCUUCAUUAGAAAUGCUUUUCCAACAGUCUUGAAGGAGUUCCCACAUAUGCUGAGCACUUGUUGGUUGCUUUUCCUUCACUCUGCGGUCCAACUCAUCCCAAACCAUCUCAAUUGGGUUGAGGUCGGGUGAUUGUGGAGGCCAGGUCAUCUGAUGCAGCACUCAUCAUUCUCCUUCUUGGUCAAAUAGCCCUUAAACAGCCUGGAGGUGUGUUUUGGGUCAUUGUCCUGUUGAAAAACAAAUGAUAGUCCCUCUUAGCGCAAACCAGAUGGGAUGGCGUAUUGCUGCAGAACGCUAUGGUAGCCAUGCUGGUUAAGUGUGCCUUGAAUUCUAAAUAAAUCACAGACAGUGUCACCAGCAAAGCACCAUCACACCUCCUCCUCCAUGCUUCACGGUGGGAACCAAAACUCUGCGUCUCACAAAGACACAGCGGUUGGAACCAAAAAUCUCACAUUUUGACUCAUCAGACCAAAGGACAGAUUUCCACCAGUCUAAUGUCUAUUGCUCGUGUUUCUUGGCCCAAGCAAGUCUUUCUUCUUAUUGGUGUCCUUUAGUAGUGCUUUCUUUGCAGCAAUUCGACCAUGAAGGCCUGAUUCACGCAGUCUCCUCUGAACAGUUGAUGUUGAGAUGUGUCUGUUACUUGAACUCUGUGAAGCAUUUAUUUGGGCUGCAAUUUCUGAGGCUGGUAACUCUAAUGAACUUCUCCUCUGCAGCAGAGGUAACUCUGGGUCUUCCUUUCCUGUGGCGGUCCUCAUGAGAGCCAGUUUCAUCAUAGCGCUUGAUGAUUUUUGCGACUGCACUUGAAGAAACUUUCAAAGUUCUUGACAUUUUCCGGAUUAACUGACCUUCAUGUCUUAAAGUAAUGAUGGACUGUUGUUUCUCUUUCCUUAUUUGAGCUGUUCUUGCCAUAAUAUGGACUUGGUCUUUUACCAAAUAGGGCUAUCUUCUGUAUACCACCCCUACCUUGUCACAACACAACUGAUUGGCUCAAACGCAUUAAGGAAAUAAAUUCCACAAAUUAACUUUUAACAAGGCACACCUGUUAAUUGAAAUGCAUUCCAGGUGACAACCUCAUGAAGCUGGUUAAGAGAAUGCAAAGAGUGUGCAAAGCUGUCAUCAAGGCAAAAGGUGGCUACUUUGGAGAAUCUCAAAUAUAAAAUAUAUUUUGAUUUGUUGAACACUUUCUUUGGUUACUACAUGAUUCCAUAAGUGUUAUCUCAUAGUUUUGGUAUCUUCACUAUUAUUCUACAAUGUAGAAAAUAGUAAAAAUAAAGAAAAACCCUUGAAUGAGUAGGUGUCCAAACUUUUGACUGGUACUGUACACACUAGAGUUUGGGUCAAUUCCACCUAUAUUCCAAAUGAUUAAGGUAAAUAACAUUUCCUAUAUGGAGAUAUUCCAUGUCCAAUUCGGCUGACAAGAAUUGAAAUGGAAUUGACCCCAACUCGGACACAUAAAACUCGUAAAUCAAGCACACGCACUUCAUGGAAAAUUCCACCCAAAAACUAUAUUUUGGUAUUUGCUUCAUUAGUCCAUUGUUGAUAUAGUCCCAAAAUGUUUUGCAUGUCAGCAAUCAAGUUUUCAAGAUGUAGAAUUUUCAAAAUACAGAAAUAAAGCCGGUAUGAUGCAUUUUGUAUCAUAUGCAAAAUGUAUCAUACCGGCUGUGUAUCUGUAUGAUGCGUCAACAAUGGACUAAUGAAACAAAUACCAAUAGAUCGUUUUUGCUUGGAGUUUUCCAUUAAGCCGUACCCCCACACUAUUCUGGCUUGAUAGUGGUAAUAUUUAUGUUGUAGGGAAUGGUUUCUUUGACAUUUUCUUUGAUAAGGUUUUUGUACGGACCUUGUUUUGUAGUGUUUGUGAUCGUCAGUCAUAUUCAAUUGACCUAACCUAGAAUGUUAGGAUAGAGUUCUAGACAUAUUGCACAACCUGUCCAUUUUACUGUUGCUUUAGCCUGCAUGGGUGAAAGGACAGACUACAACACACAACUAUGUCCCCUUAACAGAGACGUGUUGUCAUCCCUUCCUAUGUGAUUGAUGUCUCUGAGAUGGGAAAGAAUGCCCUGUUGCUGGUGGUUGACUGUGUAUUGUAAUCGUUUGUGACUGACGUCACCUGUGGUCCGUGAUGUGUUGAUGUCGUCCCAUUGGGUACAUCCUGUUAUGAGCAUGAGCUGCUUCCUGUCCUAGUGCACACUGCCAGGUUUCAUCAUCUUCCUCUCAUCCCUCCAUUCCUGGGCGCCUCCUCUUCUCGUCCUCCACUGUCGCGGACAGUGUCUUUCUUCGGUGUGUCCUUCCUUCAUCUCUGUGACCUACAAAUCCCGUUGUUGAAUCUCCUGCCCUCUCACGGUGCAGGUUUCUGUCGGUCUCUUCACUCUACCCUGUGAUCUGCCUACAGUCUGUCUCUCUCUCUCCCUGACUUGAUACUUGUGUUGUUCAGCAGAUUGUAAAUACUUUAAAGAUUGUUUCUCAUGCCCCUCUCCUCUCACAGAUUCAGCAUGUAGUGACUCCUCCAAAUCAAAGGUAAGUGUAACCAAGGUUUCUGUCUCUUUUACCUCCUAUUUUCAUUGUUUUUACCAUUUAGCAGAUGUUCUCAUCCAGAUAGAUAAGCAAUUGACCAUGCAGUUUCAGAGCAGAAUUUGAAUGUUUGUGGUGAAAUUCCUCAUUAAAGAACAUGUUUUAAUGUAAUGUGGCGUCCUGGUGCUCUGUACCAGCAGGGCUUGUGGGGCUCUGGGAACAACCAGUGUAGCAGGGAGAUGCUGUUUGUUAGUUAUAUAGUAGUUAGUGAGUGGUGUGUGACUGACAUCCUUGUGUUUUGUCCCAGCAGGGCUUGUGGGGCUCUGGGAAGGACCAGUGUAGCAGGGAGAUGCUUCGCUCCUCCUUCUUUGUCAGCCGCAAGCGUAAGAAGCCCAAGGACAAGGCUCAGCCCAGCAGCUCUGACGAUGACCUGGACGCCGUGUAUGCUAAGAAGGAGCAGCCAGAACAACAGAGCCUGAGCCACCAGGACCUCCACCCCGCCUGGUCCCCAGAGAGCCAGACGGAGGAGGAGAGGGAGGCCAGCGAGAGAGGGGAACAGCCAGGGGACAGGGUCCAAACCAACGGGAAAGAGUCCCGUUCAGACAGCCUCAUGUCUCAGCCCUCUCCACCCCCCUCUCCCAAACACACCCCCUCCCCCAGCCUCCGUACCACCUCCACACGCUCCCCCUACACCUCCCAAUCCCCCCGCGUCGGCCACCGCAGGCAGGUAGCCCACCAGUCCUCUCUGUCGGACCCCCCCUCCAACUACGAUGAGGUCUCAGACCUGGGCACCAUGAACAGCACCAGCUCCCAGGCAUCUGUGACGGGACCCAGGGUGAGGCAUGGCAGGACGGGGGCCCUGGGACCAGAGACUGGAGCCAGUGGCCUGGGGGCCGAGGUCAGCUCCAUCACCUCAGACUACUCCACCACCUCCUCCAUGACCUUCCUCACCGGGGCCGAGCUGAGCACGCUCAGUCCAGAGGUACGCUCGGUGGCCGAGAGCAGGGGAGGAGAUGACGCUGAUGAUGAGUGUAGUGAGCUGAUUAGUGAGGGCCGGCCCAUGGAGACAGACAGCGAGAGCGACCUAUCGUUGUUUAUUGGGAGUGUGAAGGAGACCCGGCCGGUGAAAGAUAUCUGCCAAUCAGACGUGCCGGACGCGCCCAGGCCCCUUCCCUCCCACAGACUCAUCGAGUGUGAUACUCUCUCCAGGAAGAAGUCUGCAGCGCGUCAGAAGACUGACAGCGAUUCCUCGUUGGACGGAGGGCAGAGCGACAAGGAUUCCAAUAGGCUGUCUCGCGUUCUGGGGGCAGUUAAGGGGCUUUCCACCAGCAGCCUUAGCUCCUCCUCCCGCAGCGAGUCAGAGAAGGGGACUGAGCCUGCAUGGCGUCUCAAGAUCACAGACCGGCUGAAGUUCCGUCUGCGGACGUCUGUAGACGACAUGUUCGGGGUGGGCACUCAGCAGAGCCGCUCUCCAGAGGGACGCAGGGACAAGAAGAAGAACAUCAGACGCCGACACACCAUGGGAGGCCAGAGGGACUUUGCUGAGCUGUCUGUGAUGGGGGACUGGCAGGGGGGCAUUGGGAUGGGCGGGGGCUCGCGGACGGAGCUGUCGGCCGUGGACCGGCUGAAGCCAAAGUGUUCUUCCCAGGACUUCUCCAUCCGGGAGUGGAUUGCCCGCGAGCGCCACCGCACCUCCAACCCCGAGGUCAGCCUGGACUUCUCUGAACACCAUGGGGCACUGCUCCUCCUACGCAAACCCGACCCCCAGAACCCUGACCACCCUCAGGCCCAGGAGGCUCCGUCGUCAUCCCCCUCAGACCCCUUCUCACCACACCCAACUCCAGCUGAGCUGCUGAAUGGAGACGCAGGUCCCCAGAGUAAAAGCCUGAACCUGUCGGCCACUGCACACCCACACAAACUCUCUGGUGCUCAGGUGGUCCACUCUCGCUUCUACCAGUACCUGUGA